UCUGCCUGUCAUUCUGAAGCAGCCAAGCGGCACAUUCGCAAUGGUAGAAGGAGAUGGCUGCCACAGAAUUGCGGCACAGCACAGGAAGCAGCUGGUGGGGAGAAGGAUGACAGCAAGGUCGCCGAACGGGCGCUUCAAGUCAGGGGCACAAGCCAUCGUGAAGUGUGGCGGAGUUCUUCUGAAGAUCGAGGUCCAUGGGAAGAACAUGUUCUACUUCUUUGGGUCGAAAGCAGGCGGCAUGAUUGUCGUCCAUGUCCACUUUGGGAUGGCUGGUGCCUUUGCUGUCUACAAAGGUGAGGAGCCGGAGAUAUCAAAAAAUGUGCGUUUACGGCUUGCGACGGUGGACAGUGGCGCGCAGCUGGUGGCGCACUUGUCUGCCAUGAUCGUGAAACAUGGCAAGCCGGCGAUGUACACCAGCCUGACCGCGAAGCUUGGGGCAGACCCACUGCGUGAAGAUGCGGAUCCUGAGCAGGUGGUGGCAGCUUUUGGGUGCAACAAGCCGGUGGGCACUGUUCUGGUGGACCAAUCCGUGUGCGCGGGUGUGGGGAACAUCUAUCGCACAGAGAUCCUCUAUGAGGCGAGAAUCCAUCCUAAGCAGCCGGCCAACACCUUGACCCUGGCUGAGAUCCUGAAGCUGUGGAAUGUAGCGGUGAAGCAGAUGCAGGCCGGCUUCACGACAGGAUCCAUUUGGGGCACGAAGCGCAAUGCCUUCUGCUACGGCAAGAGAACUUCAUCCUGCGGGGGCAAGGUGAAGCAGUUCAACUUGGGUGGCCGGGCUGUUUAUGCCUGCAGCAAGCGCCAGCAGCUGGAUUCCAAGAAAGCAGCAGCCACGAAGCUUCGGCGCCCUGGAACUUCUCACUUGGACAGCUUUGUCGCAGCUGUGAAGGCCGAGGCCAAGAAGCGCCGCACGGGCGAAGGCCUCGGAGUGCAGCACGUGGCCCUCAAAGACGACGCCACGAGGGCCGCACAAUUGGCAGCCAAGAAGAGGCCUAGUGCACGAAGAUGAUGUCAAGUGACGUAGCCCUUGCCAUGUGCCGUCGACUUUGUCCAAGAUUUGCCUUUUGCAAGUCCUGACAGAGAAGUUCUCCCUCGCUGAGGGGUUUUCCCUUGCUCAGAGCGAGGCGAUUUUGUCUUUAGGGCCGGCGCAUGGCACUCGGAAGGGCAAGAGUCCCUGCAGACGCCCGGUGAAGUCCGAAAGCCUC